AUGCGGCGUUUUCUCUCCGCGAUUCUGUCGCUCAGCCUCUGCGCUCUUCAAGUUCAGUCUCGAGCCGUGUUUGCCCAUUUCAUGGUCUCUAACACCCUAGGCUAUACGGUGGACGACUGGCAAGAUGAGAUGCUUCUUGCUUUAGACGCGAAGAUUGACGCCUUUGCCAUGAACAUCGCGGUGGGAGACACCACAAACACUCAAUCCUUGGAGAACGCCUUCUCAGCCGCUGUCAAUACUGGGUUUUCGCUCUUCUUCUCGUUUGACUACGCGGGCAACGGGGCGUGGGCAAAGGAUGAUGUGCUCACCAUGCUAAACACUUGGAUGUCCGCGAAAGCAUACUGGCGAUAUAAUGAGAAACCCUUUGUGUCUACGUUUGAGGGCCCCGACAAUGCAGAUGACUGGAUUGAUAUCAAAGAGCAGACCGGGUGUUUCUUUAUUCCCGACUGGUCCUCUGUGGGGGCCGAUGUUGCGGUGACUCUUGGAAGUGGCGUGGCUGAUGGGCUGUUUAGCUGGGCGGCAUGGCCAUACGGCCCGAGCGAUAUGAAUACCUAUGUGGACGCCUCCUAUAUUGACUUCCUAGAUGGCAAGCCAUAUAUGAUGCCGGUUUCCCCGUGGUUCUUUACAAAUAUGCCUGGAUACAGCAAGAACUGGUUGUGGCGUGGGGAUGACCUUUGGUAUGACCGCUGGGUCCAGGCCCUGUAUCUGGCGCCCGAGUUCAUCGAGAUUAUCUCCUGGAACGACUUCGGCGAGUCCCAUUAUAUUGGCCCUAUUCAGGACAGUGGCUCUGCACUGGCUGGCUCCACCUAUACCGCCUUUGGAACGGGGCAGUCCCCGUACAACUAUGCAUUGGACAUGCCACAUGAUGGCUGGCGAGCAUUUCUCCCCUGGCUCAUCGACACCUAUAAGAACAAUAUCUCGACAAUUACACAGGAAGGAGUUCAGGCAUGGUACCGGCUCAACGUCCGCGGCAGCUGCGCGUCGGAUGGUGGGACUACCGGUAACACCGUGAGCCAACUGCAGCUGGAGUACUGGCCAUAUGAGAUCCCUCGAGAUCGGGUUUUCUUCUCCGCCCUGCUAAGUUUUCCAGCAGACAUCUCAGUCACAGUCGGGGGUACUGAUCUAGGUGCGAAGUGGAAUAGUACCCCGAGUGGAGGGGCAGGGAUCUAUCAUGGUAGCGUGGACUUCGCGACACAGGUGGGGAGCGUCGAGGUGGCCAUCACUCGAGACGGUGCCACCAUCGCAAGCUUCACGGGUCAAGAUAUUGUCAUCGGUUGUGCCGCAUCAAGCAACAUUGAAAAUUGGAACGCCUGGGUGGGCAGUGCCAUGUCACCCACCACAGUCUCCGCCACUCCGACCUACUCCCUCGCGGACGAGGACAUGGGCCCGCAGCCGAAAAUGCCCAAGAGUCUGGGGGUAAUGGGCUACCCUGCUGCCGGGAUGACGGCCGACUACUCGGGUCUCUGUGCCUUUUCAUGCAACUACGGUUACUGUCCCUCUUCGGCCUGCACCACGACCAAAGUUCCUCUGGCUACAUCGACCAUAUCGCCCUUUACCCCAAACACCUGCACCGCUGGAGAAGGGACGGGUGACUUGGCAGGCCUCUGCAGCUAUGGCUGUAACUAUGGCUUCUGUCCCAUCCAUAACUGCACCUGCACCACAACCGGUCCGCUGAAUGUGCCGCCUACUGCGAACACGAGUAUCUACGGCUUCACCUUGGACGCCUAUACAGAUAGCGGCCUAUGUGACUUUGCCUGUGAGCGGAACUACUGCCCAUCCCCGGUCUGUUUGGAGGAUGUCCGAGGUAGUGGUGACGGAGGGGGGUCAAGUUGUACAGAUGAUGAAACCGGAGACGAUUGUCUCGGAAACGUCACAACCUGUGAUUACACCCUCACUUUCGCCAGCUUUGCAAGCCUGAGCUCCUCAUUGGACACUCUGGAGGACUUCUGCGUGAACUAUUAUGCAUUGGAUAUCCUUGCGGAUAUGCUCAAUGCCACGAUGACCAACUACACGGACAUCCUCUCAAGCUACAGUGGCAAGUUCACUGAGUAUCAGAAAUAUAUUCGCGAGGAGGUGCCUGGUGUGCUGACGGCGUAUAUGAACCCCGGCGGUGCUGGCAAUGCCUUUUUCACGUGUACCUUCGGCCAGGACGGCGUCAACACGUCCACAACCACCUGUCCAUUCGACGUAGAGCAGCUCUACAAUGGCUACGACAUCUACUACGACCUGACCAACGCCACCGCCUUCUGGGCCAACCUCACCGCCACCACCGGGAUCCAGGAAGACUGGGUCCAAUUCGGAGACAAGGAUGUCGGAUCGAGUUGCGGCGUGGGGUCUGGCAAGACCUGCCAGCCCGACCAGGGCGUGCUGGUAGGCUAUCCUCUACCGGCGGACACCAUCACCGUGACCAAUCCCCAGACGAUCAUCGAGGACGCCCUUCCAGGAAUCCAAAAUCUGACCGACACGAUCCUCCUAACCCAGAUUUUAGCGGUGACGGGGGCCUAUGGAGGAAGCAUGAGCGAUGUGCUUCUCACCAUCUCGACCGUCGUGUUCACGCUAGCUCAAGCCGUGGCAAACAUGGGCAUGGUAGUAGAGGUUGCCGAUAAGGCCUCGGAAGAGGAAAAGAAGGCCAUGAUCGAGGAAAUCAUCUUUGGCGUGCUCAUGAUUGCCCCCUUCCUGGGAGAAAUCAGGCUCAUUUCGGAAAGUUUAGAACAGCUGGCCGAUAUGAUGUCGCUCAUCGGAGACGCCGGCGCGCUGGGCAGUACCAUCUACGGUGUCGCCACGGACCCGGAUUCGGCCAUCUUGGAUAUCUUUGAAAUCGCCCUAAUGGGCGGGGUUCGGACGCCCGAGGAGUUCGAAGACGCUGCCAAUGCCCGUCGCGCCUUGACUGAUGAUGAGAUCAGUAGCCUGGGAUCGGACUGGAAAUCUUGGAGCGACGAGCUCGCCGAGGUCCGGUCCCCGUGUUACUGA